UUGUGGCCAUCUGUGCUUAUAUGAUAAGGCAAUAUGUCCACUUCUUUAAGUCAGGCAAGGGCUCAGGUGAACAUCAUAAUUUUGAUUCUUAUGUAUUUGUUUGGGCUUAAUUAGUAUGGUACUCGUAAAUUCUCUUGUGCUUCUUGUCAUACAUUGUCGUCUAUCCAGCAGUAUCUCAUCAUAUUACAUUCUCUUGUGAGAGACUGGUGCACAGCUUUUAAGUAACUGGGGAAUUUGGAGCUUCCUCUCUUAUUAGCUUCCUUAUGUUUGUUUUUGGCGUACUGCCUGUUACAUAGUGCAUUCAAAUGAAAGUUUAACAUUAUAGGAAAUUUGAGAGCUCAAUUGUGCUAACACCAUCUAAUUUUGGUUUUUCGUUUUCAGGCCUGGCCAAUCUUUCUGUUACAGACUGUGGAAAAGAUGAUCCGGAUCUUAAGGAGGAGAUGGAAAAGCAAUUUGUAGACCUAUUGUCCGAGGAACUAAAGUUGCAAGAAACGGUUGGUGAAGAGCACAUCCACCAUAUGAACAUCACCUUUGGAGAAGCAAGAAGGCUAGCUUCCCAGUACCAAAAGGAAGCUGAGAAAUGCAAUGCUGCCACAGAAAUUUGUGAGGCUGCCAGAGAGCGUGCAGAGGCAUUGUUGCUUAAGGAAAGGAAGAUAACCUCAUUGUGGGAGCAAAGAGCCCGCCAAGUGGGUUGGCAAGGGGAAUAG